GAGAGAAAAGGAACGCGUGGAAGUGGACAUCCACGUAUUUGCACAGUCGCUGCAAAUCUGUGUGUUACGAAGCGGCGUUUGGGUGUGUAAUCUGGUAUUCAGUAUCUCACAUAGCGAGCAAUGUUGACGAUGACGAUGAAUCUCCCUCUCCACGCUUCCGUCAAAUCCAGUAGUUGGUGCUGCUACGCCUCACUCUCCGUGCCUCAGCCUCAGGCUGAACCUCAACUCCUCAAUGGAAACCCCGGCGGCAGAAUUUCCCACCGGAAAGAGAUCCGUCUCGGUUUGCCCAGCAAAGGUCGCAUGUCCUCUGACACACUCGAACUUCUCAAGAAUUGUCAAUUGUCAGUGAAGCAGGUCAAUCCCAGACAGUAUGUUGCUGAAAUUCCCCAGCUGUCCAACUUGGAAGUUUGGUUUCAGAGGCCUAAAGACAUUGUAAGAAAAUUGUUAUCUGGAGAUCUUGACCUUGGUAUUGUGGGACUUGAUACAGUCAGUGAAUAUGGCCAGAGUAAUGAAGAUCUUAUCAUUGUCCAUGAGGCUCUGGAGUAUGGUGAUUGCCAUCUAUCCCUUGCGAUUCCCCAAUAUGGAAUAUUUGAAAAUAUAAAUUCAAUGGAGGAGCUAGCAAAAAUGCCUCAAUGGACGGAAGAAAAGCCUCUACGAGUUGCUACUGGAUUCACCUAUCUGGGGCCCAAAUUUAUGAAAGAGAAUGGACUUAAGCAUGUGACAUUUUCAACUGCUGAUGGAGCAUUGGAGGCUGCUCCAGCGAUGGGGAUAGCAGAUGCUAUAUUGGACCUUGUAAGUAGUGGGACUACACUGAGAGAAAAUAACUUGAAGGAAAUUGAAGGUGGAGUUGUAUUGGAAAGUCAGGCUGUUCUUGUUGCAAGCAGGAAAUCAAUGAUCCAACGGAAAGGAGUACUUGAAACAACACAUGAGAUGCUCGAGAGAUUGGAGGCACAUCUGAGGGCCAUUGGGCAGUUCACGGUAACUGCAAACAUGAGGGGAAGCAGUGCAGAGGAAGUGGCUGAGAGAGUACUGAGUCAGCCAUCAUUAUCUGGCUUGCAGGGACCCACUGUAAGUCCUGUUUUCUGCAAGCGAGAUGGGAAGGUAACAGCUGAUUACUAUGCUAUAGUCAUAUGUGUGCCUAAGAAGGCACUAUACAAGUCUAUACAACAACUUAGAGCGAUUGGAGGCAGUGGAGUUCUUAUAUCACCCUUGACCUAUAUUUUUGAUGAAGAAACUCCAAGAUGGCGCCAGCUCCUUUCUGAACUUGGGCUGUAGCCAGUUAUGAUCGAUUCAUGGAGCCGUUUGUUGGUGUUUUGUUUUUCAGAUACUGCCAAUGCUGAAGAGCAUUUAAUCUAUGGUCAAGGCUGCAAAAGACAAGUAUAACAAAACGGAGGCUUAGAUAACUGAAAUUGCAUUUCUAGGUCGGUUUUCGUAGAGGAAUUCCUAUUUCCACCGCGCUUUAUAUAUGUAGAUUGAAAGUUUUGUAGCAAGCAUGUGUUUCCUUUUGUUCUCUUCAUAACACUGGUAAUGGCUUGAGGAGGACUUUAUUCUCUUCGUCCUUAUGCGUGUGGGAUUUUGCUUCGGUGUUGUAAUUUUUAGUUUUGCAGUGUAUUUUAUUUUGACCGCAGCGAGCUGGCCAUGUU